GCACGGACAACGGGCCGAAUGGCCUGAUUCCAUGCUGUAUCUUUCAAUCAAUCAAAAACGAUGGAAUUGGAUGAACAGCAGAUUUUAUUGGGGCCACACAAAGGUACACAAGCAAUAUAUCUAUGCUUUAAUCUAUGGAACACUAAACAGGGUUCAAGAGCAUCAGACUGUUCCCAUUAUUGAGUUUGCUUGUCUAUUUCAUUCAACUCUUUAUAUUAGAGUCACAGAGCACACAAACAGGCCCUCUGGCCCAACGUAUCCAUGCAGUCUAAUUAGCCUAACCGACCCCCAUGCAGCUGUCCAAGUGUCUUUUAAACAUCGCAAUGGUACCCAUUUCUUCCUCUCCUUCCAUAUACUCACCAUCCUAUGUGUGGAAAAAAAAAUUCCACUCUGGUCCUUUAAAAAAAAAAAUCCCCUGUCACGUUAUACCUAUGCCCUGUAUUUUUAGGCCCCCCUUCCCUGGGUAAAAUACUGUGGCUGUCCACCUAAUCUAUACCCCUCAUGAUUUUAUAAACUUCUAUAAAGUCACUCCGCAGCCUCCCAUACUCCAAGGGGAAAAGAUCCUGCCUCUCCUUAUAACACAACCAUUCCAGGCCUGGUAACAUCCUCAUACAUCUUUGCAUCCUUUCCUGUUUAAUUGUGUCCUUCCUAUAGCAGGGCGGGUGGCCAGAACUAUACGAUGUAUAUGCAUGCCUCAAUUGGUUCCGUGAAUGUCACAUAAGUGGUUCUGGCAUAAUGUUGUAUUGUGGGCAUCAAUUCACAUUUACACCGGUGUUCAUUACUGAAUAAUUUAGUAUCUGCAUCACUCUGUCCACUAACAGCUUUGACCUAAGGAGCUCGAUCCGAAGCGUUACCUAUUCCUUCUCUCCAGAGAUGCUGCCUAACCCACUGAGUUACUCCAGCUUUUUGUGUUUACGGUAUAAACCAGCAUUUGCAGUUCCAUCCUACACUGACCAUUCUACGUGUUGCCUGCACCGACUCAUUGUGUUCCUUUACAAUAAUUCUGUGCUAACUCUCCCAUUGUGUUUUAUGCUCAAUCCAGCCCAUAUUAGCUUCACCAGUACACUGGGCAAGAUUUGCUUCGACGUCUGCAAAUAUAUUUUUGCAAAGCAAAGCGACUCUUUAAAGGGUUCAUAAAGUUCCUGCUUCCGACCAUCACGCCACCGGAUACGCAAGCCCUAACUGUGUUUGCCAGACUUCCCUUGGAGCUGAGGCGCACUUCAGUUUGAUCUGCCUGGAAGUGCGUGCGAAUCAAGUGCAAACAACGCGAACUCAUGUUUCACUCCGUCCCCGAGAAGGUCGCGCAAAGAUGAAAACAAAUAUGGUUCGUUUGGUCUUCAUUUUCCUUUGGCUCCAGAAUUGUUGGGAAAAUUCAGGGGUUUGGUCUGAAACGCCAACGUUUUGCGACGGCGGUGCGUGCUACAGUUUGCACUGGGAUGCGGGCUCAUUUGUGAGGACAAAGGAGAAGUGUGAAGCUAAGAAUGGGUUCCUCACCUCCAUGGCCAGUGAGCGCGAAGCAAGGAGCAUUGAGCGGCUUUUAGAGACCAGUGUGGAUGUGGCGCCCGGACCGCUUCACCUGUGGAUUGGACUUCACAGGAAGGUCAAGCAGUGUUACAUUGCUGAAAAGCCGUUGCGUGGAUUCCUAUGGGUCAGUGGCAAUGACCGCUCUACAUACAACGCCUGGACCCGGGAACCAUUGAGGACGUGCACACACAGGAGAUGCGUGGAACUUGUGGUAAACUUCACAACGCGGAUACAACUCAAGUGGAAUGAUUCAACGUGUGACCCCAAAAGAAACGAGGGUUUCAUCUGUAAGUACCCGAUGUGCGAAAGCCUACAGACUGACAUUAGAAACGUGGUUUAUAAAACCCCUAACAAUGCAAGCCAAUUCUUUCCUCGUGUACCUCGAGGUUCGGUAGCAACCAUUAUUUGUGCCAACGGCAAGUCAGUCGCUGUGAAGUGUGAGCUACAGCAGGGGCGAGUCAACUGGUCUUCGUCCAGAAGCUUGGAAUCCCUGUGCAACAACUGUCUGCAAGUUACAAAUAAUGGCUCUUGUCGAUUUGGAUGCUUUCAGUCGCCCCGAGACUCCUUCUGUUUGUGCGACAAGGGUUUUUCAGUCAACCUCCAGCAGAACCAUUGCGUUCCCGAGGGAGACUUGGAAUAUGGUUUUAACGUGACGUCCGGGACUUUCCCGAAAGACAGCGAGGACCCGUCUGCCAACACUGCCUUUGUAUCAGCCUCCCCGGUAUCAACAUCUCAUUUAUCCAGUCGCGCUGAAAAUCCCACGGCGACUCUUCCUCCCACUGUUGGGAGAUCCGAACCUGCAAAACGGGAGGCACAUUCCAACCUAAUAUAUCAGGUUAUUAUCGGGGCACUCGCUCUGAUGCUGUUGGUCGCGGUUGCGGUGAUAAUUAUCAGAGAGCGUCGUUACAGAGGUGCCCGGAAAACGGGAAACAAUGGACUUCGAAUAGAACCCAAACGUGUAGACACUGUUCACCAAGAGCACGACAUAGUCCAUGAGAAGACCGUUAUAAAUGGUAAUCACUACCUGGAUACUCCUUCAGCGAGUGAGAACGAAAUUAACGAACCCAAGGAAAAUGGUGAAUUGAGAGUUUCGGUGACUCAAUGAGAAACCGCGUGGUGGCGCUUUGCCUGAAGCUGUGAUCUAUGACUGGGCCAGCAGAUUCUCACUUCAAUACACAACAGGUUUUGUUCUUUAAGAGUGCAGCGACCGUUUAAAGUGACCAAUGCGUAGAGGAAACAGUAAUAAUACCAAAAUGCUUCUAUCAACUGAAGACACAGAGCGCUGGAUUAGCUUUGCGAGUCGUGCAGCAUUUCUGGAGAACGUGGACAAACGAUGUUUCGGACCGGGUCUGAAGAAGUAUCCUGACCCGAAACAUUGUCUACUCGCGUUCUCCAGUGAUGCUGCUUGACCCACUGAGUUACUCCAGCGUUUUGUGACUUUUUUUUUGUAAACCAGCAUCUGCAGUUAGUUGUGUAUUUCCCUCAGCUGCACGGCAGAUAUAGCGUCUCGUGUUUAUUUUCUGUUGAAUAUUCAUAUAAAAGCUUUUGAUUGUUCAAGAAGCCUAAUCCCCCCUCCAUCCCGCGUUUGUGCAUCAGUAGGCUGUGUUACUCAAGAGAGACAGACACAAAGUGCUGGAGUAAAACUCAGCUUGUCGUGUGACUUGUCGUGUGGCGGUGGAGGCAGGUUCUCUGGAUGCUUUAAAGUGAGAGCUAGAUAGGACUGUUAAAAAUAGCGGAGUCAGGGGAUAUGGGGAGAAGGCAGGAGCGGGGUACUGAUUGGUGAUUAUCAGCCAUGAUCACAUUGAAUGGCGGCGCUGGCUCGAAGGGCCAAAUGGCCUACUCCUGCACCUAUUGUCUAUUGUCUAAUGUCUAUUGACUCACUGCUGCAUUAGAUGCUUAGAAUAGAUAUGUACAAACAAACGACGCUGUGACUUAGAUUUACAGGGCACGUGGUUAUUUAGUUAUUGACAAGGCACCAUUAAAUCAAUAGCAGUUGCUACAUAAACUGUGUAGUCAUGUUGACAUUGAUCUCAUGAGCAAAUGUCGUUUCAAGGAAACACAUUUGUGCAGAUGCCGUUAAAAACCGAACACUCAGCGGCAGUGGGGGGAAAAAGUGGAUCCAAAAUCUACCGUGGUUUUGUUUUGAACGUAUACGUGUAUUUUGUUUGAAAUAUUGAAGAAAUUAACAAAAAAUCAGACUCGAAAUGUAACGUGUCGGCGAAUCGAAUGGGGUUAAAAUAGAGGGCUUCGAUCUCAGUAAAGUGCUAAUGUGUGUUAUAGAAACGACUAGAUCCAGGCGAGGGACAAAGUUCGCUAGAUAAAUUUAAGCACUUCAGAGAUUUCCCUACACUUUUAAUUCAUGCAUACAGGCCCUUAGACGCACCAAGUCGACCAUCACGUAUAGAACACAACGGUAGUUCUAUGCGAUCGCACUUUCUCACCCACUCCCUACACACCAGGGACAAUUUACAGAGGCAAACUGACCUAGAAACCGGCACGCCAUUGGAAUGUCGGAAGGAAACCGGAGCACCCGGCGGCAACCCACGCGCUCACGGGGAGAUCGUGCAAACUCCACACAGACAGUACCCGAGGUCAGGAUUGAACUCGGAUCUUUUGCGCUGUGAAGCAGCAACUCUACCCGCUGCACUGCCGUUCACCUUGUUGUAAUCUGCAGGCUGCAUUAUGUAAUGUUUAAAUAUGCAGACUCUCCUUGUUUAAAGCAGCAUAUAAUCUGGGGAUAGGGGCUCGGAUAUUGUGUAUUCCAUGCUGAGGACAUUUAUUGAGUUGUUCCGUCUAAGGAAUAAAUAGAAGUUAUGUGUAGGAAAGAACUGCAGAUGCUGGUUUAAAUCGAAGGUAGAUCAUAAAAUGCUGGAGUAACUCAGAAGGACAGGCAGCAUCUACAGCAUCUGGGGAGAAUGAAUGGGUGAUGUUUCGGGUCGAGACCCUUCUUCAGACUUGAAACGUCGCCCAAUCCAUUCCCGCCACAGACGCUGCUUAAGCCGCUCAGUUUGUCCAAUACUUUCGUGUUUUGCUCUUUUAGCAUCAGUUUGAUUUGCCUUUCUGUAUAUACCAAUGUUGCAAGAUUUCUAGAGUUUCCCAGAGUCAAAUAAUGCAAUGAUGAUUCUAUCAACGUAUUACAUCAGCGCAGUUAACAACUAUAUGAACACGUGUCCAGUAGGGCAUGAUUUAAAAAAAACGAUCUGUGGGGGGUUCAGGUACGUGACUUAAGAAGGUUGGGAGAAGGGCGUGCUGCCAAAUCCAGUGACUCCAUCAAAGGCUCAUGGCUUCAAUUGAACCAUUAAGGAUAUGCUGUCUUUGAGACUAGAAUGACCCAGACAUUUCCCAUGACAAUUUGUAGGUCGCUCCAUCGUUAUGCGUAGGUGUUCAACUACAAGCGCGGAAUCAACGUCUGAACCUCGAGUAGUUCUUGACAUUGCAAUUGGAGAAGGCAACACGUAACACGUCCUGAAUUGCAUGGGACAUUGCCGCAGCUGUGUAGCUAGCGAUGUGAAAAGUGGGAUAACACGAGGGGAGCAGAUGUGAAACGAAAAAGCUCACAGAGUGCAUGGGUCGAAGCUGUCAGGCAUGGCUUCUCGAGCAAAACACAAUGCUGGAAGAACUCAGCGGGUUAGGCAGCAUCUGUGGAGGGAAUGAACGGACUACGUUUCGGGCCAGGAUCCUUCUACAGAUGCUGCCCGACCCGCUUGGUUCUUCUGGCAAUCAAGUGUCCAACAUCUGCAGUUUCUUGAGUCUCCCUGAACGGCUUCUCGUUUGAUGAAAGCGAAGAACAGUAAUAACAAUCAUUUGACUGGUUGACCUCUUGCUCACCAAAGCUACAUUUCUCCAAUUAAUAUGUAUGGAGUGUCGCAAUAAAAACGUAAUCGCCUAAAUAACCUCCAUUUCAAGGGCGAUGCAGUAAGAAUCUUUCAUUCAUUUGACGAAACGAGGCAGGCUGGCAGAUUGACGCUGCCUUUGCAGCAGCAUCAGAUAUUACAACCUGACUUUCACUAACUGAUUACUUUUAGGGACCGUCGAUGUCAAACUAAGCGCAGCGACAGGACGAUGCGAAAUGAACGCAGAGAGUUUCAAAUGACUUGAAAUUUUACAGCACUGACAAGACUCUUCAAGAAGCCCGCAAAACUGUACAGAAACAUUUUUUAAAUGAACAUUGCGUGUUGCCAACAAUAACACAAGGCGUGCAGCGUGGUUCAAACGCGAGAGAUGUUUUUCUACUGAAUUAAGCUUAAACUGAAUUAAGGCAAAGUUUCGUGGAAAAAGAACCGCCACCGGACAUUCCAAAUCGCAGCCUUGUUAAACAGAAACUGUUAUCUUCACAAUCUAAAGCAAGAGAGCGGGCAAAGCGACCAGAAAUCAUAAUAAGACGUCAGAAAUCUGUCCCAUUACUCCGACCACCAAGGCGGAGGGCAGCCUCUUUGUUGGAUUGGCGUAGCUGACCCGCGAGUACUCAGAGGGUGGUGGUUCUUGAGGUACAGGUACCAUUGCGGUACACACUCUCUGACUCCAUCGGGUCCUGUUGGAAUUCCUCCGCGCUGUAUGGUCUGCUUUUGAGGGCCGUGGCAUAGUAAUCCAUGGGCUCCUCUGCAACAUUGUCCAUCCAUCGCAGGCACAGGAUCCUCUGGAACGAUCGCUUGAAGUUGUCCGACAGAAAGCCGUAGAGAAUAGGGUUAGCACAGCUGUUGGCGUAACCUAAGACCACCACCAGCUGGCUGACGGUCAGAUUUUGUCGCCCCAGAAAUAUCUUCACCAACUGUACGAUGUAAAAUGGCAUCCAGCACAUCACAAACACGGUCACCACCAUCAUCACCAUCAAGGUGAUCUUCCUCUCCGUCUUCUUCCGCUGUUGCCAGCCCGCUUUGAGAGCCACCGCCCUCAUUUUGACAAUGAUGAGGAUGUAGCACAGACAGAUAGCCACGACGGGAAUGAGAAAGCCCAUGAGGAACGUAUAGACCACGAACACUUCCAGCCACUGCCUGUCGGGUUUGGGCAUCUGCAUGUUGCAGACCACGGAGCCGUCGGGGUUGGGGGCCGUGUUUGCAAAUAUGAUGAAAGGCAAGAUCACCAGCGUGGACAGCAGCCACACCGCCAGGUUCACUGCUUUGGCUAUGGUGGGUCUCCUGUAGCUGGCCGCUUUGAUGGGGUGCACCACCGCGAUGUACCUGUCCGCGCUGAGGACAGUGAGGCAGUAGAUGCUAGUGAACAUGUUGACGGCGUCCACACUGAGCACCAGCCGGCAGAGCAACGAGCCGAAGGGCCAGUGAUCCAGCAGCGUGGCCGUCACCAGGAAGGGCACGCUCAGCAUGAACAGUUCGUCGGCAAUUGCCAGGUUUAAGAUGUAGAUGUUGGUUGCUGUCUUCAUUUUGGCGUACCUCAGGAUCACGUAGAUGACCAGGGAGUUCCCGCACAGCCCGACGAAGCACACGACCGAGUAAAUGAACGAGAUAAAGAUCGUGUGGCUGAAGGCGCUGCUUGCAGUCCCGUUGUGUGUUGAGUUAGCGCCGUUCAUGGCAUCGCCCGGGUUGCCAGAGGCAUUGGGCAACAUGUUCUCGAAGACUAACGUAAAGGUUUUCCCUUUCAAUCCCACCAGCAUCUCCCGGAGCUCGCUGCUUGUUCCGGCUCCUGCGCGAAUGUCUGGGGAAAGUCCGGAGGUGCAGCGCCCCGAUCCCCUCGCCCCUGUAUGUGUCUGCCAGAGAGGAUGGAUUAACAA